CCCAGGUCGGAAAGAUGGUCCCUGUCGGCCAGUGAGGGCUCAGCAAACUGUGCAACUGGAAACUAUGUCUCUUCGACGUUGUUGUAAACUGGAAAGAAAGAGAAAAAUUUCAUCCACGCUCCUUCUCGUUGCCGUGCAUGGUGUGAGGACUGCUGCAUGCAACAGCCUUCAGUGAGGGGCUUUGGACCUCUUACUUCUCAAGCUUUCCUGGAGGAUCUUUAACGGGUGUUUCAGGCUGAAGAAAGAUGUACUGGGGAAAUCAUGUUAGAAUUCUUUUCACUGUGACUCUGGUCUGGCAGGCUGUCCAUUUGGGAAAAGGCUGUGAAAAAGAAGAACUUGAAGAAAAUGUGAAAAGUCUCAAUGCCACAGCAGAAAAGCAGCAGCCCAAGAACGAAGGGACUACUAUAAAUUCUUUCAGUGACAUGAAUCAGAGUUAUGAGAGCAGAAAGGAGCAAAAUUCCCUGGCAGUGGUACCUUUUACUGGGAUUACAGAGAGUAAAAAACUGAAUAGACAUUGCUGCCAAAACGGAGGGACCUGUAUCCUAGGGGCUUUCUGUGCCUGCCAAAAGCAUUUCACUGGCAGAUACUGUGAACACGAUGAGCGGCAAAGCAACUGUGGCAGCAUUGCCCAUGGCACCUGGGUGCUGAAGGGCUGUUGGCUGUGUCGGUGCGGAUAUGGUACUCUGAACUGUCUCUCAGAAAUAAUGCACGGUAACUGUGAACUGAAAUCAGAAAAUGAAGACAUUACCAGCCUAUUUUCUAAUGGGCUAAGAAUACAGCAAACAGUGUUUGCACUUGCUUGCCUGCUCACCAUCCUCCUGGAGCUCUGCUGUUGGCAGUUGUGAAAAUAGACAAAGGGAAAUACCCUCACGAUGAGUCAUACUUUUUUCUUCAGUGAGCUACAAAAGAGACUUCUACUUACAUAUUGGAGGAAGAUUAUGACGUACUAGUUAAUGCUGAAAUGCUUGAAUUAUUAUAACAGAUUAUAUAAAUAUUAAGUAUUUAUUAUUAUAUUUUUAUUGCUA